AUACAUCCCUAGCUCAAUGAGAUCAUCCUUACAGGACACCAUGGACCAGCCUCUACUCCAUCCAAAACCACCAUCUCCACCAACUCCAACACAUGAAUCAGGCAGCGAAGAGCUUGAAGCUAUAUUAUCCAACAUGGAGCUUCCACCCGCGCAGCGCCUUAUGCGAGCUACGUGGAUUGAGUUGAAGCUCCUCCUCCGCCUUGCAGUGCCAGCUGUUAUCGUUUACAUGAUCAAUUAUCUCAUGUCAAUGUCCACCCAAAUAUUCUCUGGCCACCUCGGUAAUCUAGAACUUGCGGCUGCCUCCCUCGGCAACACUGGCAUUCAAAUCUUUGCCUAUGGACUAAUGUUAGGGAUGGGAAGUGCAGUGGAGACACUAUGCGGACAAGCUUUUGGUGCACACAAAUACGACAUACUUGGCAUAUAUCUUCAAAGAGCCACUAUUUUACUUUCUCUAACUGGAGUUCUCCUUACCAUCAUUUACAUCUUCUCCAAACCCAUCUUAUUAUUUCUCGGAGAGUCAGCAGAGAUUGCAUCAGCAGCGGGAGUCUUUGUCUAUGGGCUUAUACCCCAAAUAUUUGCAUAUGCAGUAAACUUUCCUAUACAAAAAUUCCUCCAAGCUCAAAGCAUAGUGACCCCAAGUGCAUACAUAUCUGCAGCCACAUUAGUGUUGCAUUUGGUGCUGACUUGGGUGGCAGUAUACAAGGCGGGGCUCGGCCUGUUGGGCGCGUCGUUGGUUCUUAGCUUGUCAUGGUGGAUAAUCGUGGUAGCUCAAUUUGUUUAUAUAAUUAAGAGUGAGAAAUGCAAAAAAACAUGGAAUGGGUUCAGCAUUCAAGCCUUUGCAGGGCUGCCUGCAUUCUUCAAGCUGUCUGUGGCAUCAGCAGUGAUGUUGUGCUUGGAGACGUGGUACUUUCAAAUUUUGGUGCUUUUGGCAGGUUUGUUGGAGAACCCAGAAUUAGCUCUGGAUUCUCUCUCCAUUUGCAUGACAAUAACUGGAUGGGUGUUUAUGAUCUCAGUUGGCUUCAAUGCAGCCGCAAGUGUGAGGGUUGGGAACGAGCUGGGAGCGUCGCAUCCAAAGUCAGCAUCAUUCUCAGUAAUCAUCGUGACAACUUUAUCUUUCAUCAUCUCCGUGAUCGCAGCCAUACUAGUAUUAGUAUUCCGUAACGUCCUCAGUUACGCCUUUACAGAAGGAGAAGUGGUGGCUGCGGCAGUUUCAGAUUUAUGUCCUCUUUUGGCAGUCACACUUAUCCUCAAUGGCAUCCAACCUGUCUUAUCUGGUGUGGCUGUUGGUUGCGGAUGGCAAGCUUUUGUGGCGUAUGUGAACGUGGGAUGUUACUACGUGGUUGGGAUUCCUUUCGGAUCACUUCUUGGCUUUUACUUUAAGCUUGGUGCCAAGGGAAUAUGGUUGGGUAUGAUAGGCGGCACAACCAUGCAAACCCUCAUUCUUCUUUGGGUCACAUUUCGAACUGAUUGGAAUAAGGAGGUUGAAGAAGCUGUGAAAAGGUUGGACAGAUGGGAUGAUAAGGAGCCUCUUUUGAAGUAAAAUUGUUUUCGAAAAACCGCCCACAAAACCAUCGGCAAUCAAUCAAUAGAAGUUAUGAGAGAUAGAUGACCCUUCCCAGAUUCAAUAAGACAAGUAGUUUGUCUAUAGUAAUGCAUGAAGACUCUUGGCACUAUUGAACUCUUGUGUGCUAAUAAACUAGGCAAUUUGGU